AUGAUGCGUUUAUCCUCAAAGCUGGUCGCGGCUACAUCACUAUAUCUGCGGAAGAAGAGUUUGAAGUCCUGCACCUUGCAUUCGAAAUGGACAACGUCUUCGAGCAAUGUGACCACCAAGGGCCAUACCAUGGCGGUCUAUCACCAGCAAUAUUGUCUUGUUCAACGUCUUAACGUUCUGCUGUGCGCAUCCCCUUCGUCAGCCACCGCAUUCGUCCCGGCAACAUGGAUAGAGAGCAACACUGCAUGCGAAUACGGCAGAUCCGUCGCCGAGACCAUCUCGUGUGACUGCAAGUUUGAAGGACUAGCAAUGGCCUGGCUCCCACCUCACGACAGUGAGGAAGAGUUGGCCGAGGAAUCCAAUACCGUAGGCAAACGGCCCAACGAACGGUGUCCGGAGAAGGAGCAGGUCCAGCGGAGCGGCGACUAUCUCAACACUUACCCCCGGGAGGAUCCAUACGCGGUGCAGAUCGCCAUGGACGCCCUCUUCCACCCUGCCCACUGCCCCCUGGUGGCUACCUCCUGGCGCUGCGUCGGUAUUGGUGCGCAAGGGAGACCAGUCGGCAUGUCUGCCCGCGUGCUAUCGUGA